AGAGGGUUGGGGGGAGGAUGGAGGUGUCUGAUGCUGAGUGUAAGCUGGUGAAGCGGCUGCUGCGGGAGGAUGGCCACAAGUGUCUGCUGCUGGACUGCCGGUCCUUCCUGGCUUAUAGCGCCCGGCACAUCGCCGGGGCCAUCAACGUCCGCUGCAACACCAUCGUCAGGCGCAGAGCCAAAGGCGCAGUGAGUCUGCAGCACAUCCUCCCGGCCGAGGAGCCGCGGAGUCGGCUGCUGGCGGGUCUGUACUCCGCUCUCGUCCUGUACGACGAGAGGAGUCAGCGGCUCGAGCUCGUCCACCCCGACAGCACAGUGAGGACCGCACUGGGCGCCCUGUGGGGAGGCGCGCACCCCCCGCCCACCCGCCUCCACUUCCUCAAGGGAGGAUUUGAAACAUUUUCUUCCGAAUAUCCUGAAUUCUGUGUAAAGACAAAAUGUCCACCUGGAGUUCUCUCGCCCUCCAAACCAGAGUCACCUGAGUUGAGUUGGAGUUUCUGCAGCACGCCUCUUCAUGACCAGGGGAUCCCUGUGGAAAUCCUUCAUUUUCUCUAUCUUGGAAGUGCGUAUCAUGCAUCCAAAAAAGACACAUUAGAUGCUCUGGGGAUUACAGCUCUUCUGAAUGUCUCCUCUGACUGUCCGAACCAUUUUGAGGAUCAUUACCAGUAUAAAUGUAUUCCAGUGGAGGACAACCAUAAAGCAGACAUUAGUUUGUGGUUCAUGGAAGCAAUAGAAUACAUAGAUUCUGUGAAGAAAGUUAAUGGAAGAGUCCUUGUGCACUGCCAUGCUGGAAUUUCACGAUCUGCCACAAUCUGCCUUGCGUAUUUAAUGAUGACUAAGCGGGUGCGAUUGGACGAAGCAUUUGAGUUUGUCAAACAGCGACGAAGUAUCAUUUCCCCCAAUUUCAGCUUCAUGGGACAGCUCUUGCAGUUCGAGUCUCAGAUCCUGACCUCCUCGUGUGCUGUUGAAGCUAUCAGCCCGUUAGGGGGCUUGAGAGACCCAAGUAAAUCUUCAUCAACUCCCACCUCUCAAUUUGUCUUCAGCUUCCCCAUGUCUGUCGGAGUCCAUUCAACACCAAGCACCCUUGGUUACUUACCUAGUCCAAUCACAACCUCACCAACCUAUUAACAGAGAAGCAUCAAUAAACGUGUUUAAAAUGUGUACGAUUCAUUUCCAAGUAAAGUAGUUUUCACUCUGAAACUCCGAGAUUAAAGAA